GGGGAUGAUACUGCUGACUCUCUCGGCAUCCAUCGACAGCCUCCGCCCGCCGCCUCCACCAUGCGUGCCGGGCUUGCCAGGCAGCGUGUGCAAGCCAGCGACCUCCAAACAGACUGCAUUCCUCUACACAGCACUGGCACUCAUCGCCCUUGGGACCGGGGGCAUCAAGCCAUGCGUCUCCUCCUUCGGAGCCGACCAGUUCGACGAGGCCGACAAGAAUGAGGCACACAAGAAGUACUCCUUCUUCAACUGGUUCUUCUUUGCCAUCAACAUGGGAGUCCUCCUUGGGAUAACACUCAUGGUGUUUGUUGAGGAAAGGAUGGGGUGGGGCUGGGGAUUUGGGGUGCCGACAGCCUCGACGGUGGUGUCGGUGCUGGUGCUUGUUGCCGGGGCGCCAUUCUAUAGGUUUCAGAGGCCGGUGGGUAGCGCUUUUACGAGGUUUGCGCAGGUGAUGGUGGCGGCGUGCCGGAACCAUGCAAAGGGGGUGGUGGUGGCGAGUGGAGGAGUGAGCGAGGAGGAGCUGUAUGAGGUGAAGACCAAAGAGUCGGAUAUAGUUGGUGCUCAGAAGCUGCCUCACACGAGCCAAUACAGGUUUGGUAUCAUUUUUUCUCCUCUGGUCUGUGCCUAUUUCGAAACUUUCCAGGUUCCUGUUUCAGAAGUUUUUGUUUCAUAAG